AAAAGUCUGUCCCAGUUUGGUGAGAUUUUUUUUUCUACUCUUUCAAAUCUCUCUGCUUCACUUUCACAGUUUCUCUCUAUCUCUCUCUCUCUCAAACUUUUACUAAUUUCACAGCAACCCUCGCAACAAGUUCAGUUUUCUCAGAAGAACUAUGAGAUACCUUAGUGCAUUUAAGGUUCAAUGGAGCCUUUUGUUAAGCACUACUACUUGAACUCUCAGUUAAAAUUAUAUGCUUUGAGUUCCAAGUUGUCCUCUUUUGUAAAUUCUCGGAGCUUUUAUUUUUUGGGUACUUGGUAUUCUUUUGAAUAUUCAGCUGGGUUCCUCUAAUUUGUCGAUAUUAAGGUGAAAACUGCCUCAUAUCCAAAAUUUAAGUAUAUGUGCCAACAUUUUGACCUCAGUAUAGACAACCUUAUCUUCAGUUGGCGAAUACCUGAGCUAUCUGAGAAGAUAUGGUCAGCUUGCAUUCAGCUGAUAUGAAGGCUAUACAGAGCACGCAAGAAAUACAAGCCUCAACGCAAGUCUCUCAUGAGUCCCAAGUUGACCAACUGAACCACACAACUGAGGCUCCUGUAACAGAUUCAGGUUCAGUAUCUGCUUCAAGCAAUGAUAGCAAAAAAGUUUCUCGCCAAGAUAUUGAACUUGUUCAGAAUCUAAUAGAGCGGUGUCUACAAUUAUAUAUGAAUAGAGAUGAGGUGGUUAAAACCCUCUUGAAUCGUGCAAGGAUAGAUCCUGGAUUUACAACUCUGGUAUGGCAGAAGUUGGAAGAAGAAAAUGCUGAUUUCUUCAGGGCCUAUUACAUACGGCUAAAAUUGAAAAAACAAAUUCUCCUCUUCAACCAUCUGCUUGAGCAUCAGUAUCACCUGAUGAAGUAUCCUGUACCUCCAAAGGUUCCUUUGGCCCCUAUACAAAAUGGGAUACAUCCCAUGCCCGUUAAUAACUUGCCUAUGGGAUACCCCGUACUACAGCAACCUUCAUUUCCAGCAGCAGGUCAACCCCAUCUGGAUCCAAUGGGUUGUGGAAUAUCAAGCUGUCAUGUGGUUAAUGGAGUCCCUGCACCGAGCAAUUUUCAUCCCAUUCGGAUGAAUUCUGGGAACGAUAUGGUGAUGGAGAACAGUGCUGCUGAUGUGGCUCCUAUUAUUCCACCAAACAGCACCAUGUCAUCCAUGUCAGAGAUGCCUGUGAGUCCUGGAUCAGUGGCGUCCAGUGGCCAUUUCCCCUUUACUGCAUCAGAAAUAUCAGGAAUGGGGGUAGAAACAUCAGCACUUGAUACAGCAUUUACAUCAGAUGUGGUAACUUCAGUAGGAUUGCAACUAGCACCAGAUGGCCCUGGAAAUUCCAGGUCACUAGAUCAGAUUCAGUGGAAUUUCAGUCUAUCAGAUCUAACAGCAGAUUUGUCGAACUUAGGAGAUUUAGGAGCCUUGGGAAAUUACCCUGGUUCCCCCUUUUUGCCCUCGGACUCAGAAAUUUUGCUUGAUUCUCCUGAGCAAGAGGAUAUAGUGGAGGAGUUCUUUGUUGAUUCUGUACCUGGACCACCAUGCUCUCAAUCAGAUGAAGAGAAAUCCUAGAGGUGAGGCACAACCCGUUUCAAUUGAAAUUGCUAGGAUAGGAUAAAGUCAGGUCAAUAAAUAAACAUUUGCCAUCCAUUUACUUGGCAUUUUGGGAGGUUUCUUUAUUAACAAAUUUGAACAUUUUAGUUGGCUAGUUUAUGACGCAUUAGCGUGCAAUACAAGUUAUAAUGUUCUUGUACUAUCUUAUCAAGCAGCUUUUAUUAUCUAGAAAGCUGAGGACCGUAUUUGUUUGUAAUCUUAUAUUUGGUUACAUUCAUGGGAACAUUUCUAUUUAUAAUGUGACAAUUUCCCAUGUUCCACUUCUACGUGACAAACCAACUAGACAAUGGAUGGAUUUCUUAUAGUCAACAUACAUAUGCUUUGCUGUCUACUUUUA